AUGGAUAGUCCAGGAGCCUAUCCAGAGUCCCCAAUCGACGACGAGAUUGUCUACCCGUGCAAAGGCUGCGGAGAGAUCCUCGAGGAAGGAAAAGCAUUCGAGCUUGCUGGCAACCGAUGGCACAUCGACUGCUUCCGCUGCAACACGUGCGGCACCCUGCUCGACUCGGACGCCAACCUGCUGCUCCUCGGCGACGGCUCCCUGAUAUGCAACAACUGUACAUACAGCUGCAACCACUGCGGCAACAAGAUCGAGGACCUGGCCAUCCUGACGGGCGACCAGGCCUUCUGUGCCAAUUGCUUCCGAUGUAGAAACUGCAAGCGCAAGAUUGAGAACCUCCGCUAUGCCCGCACCUCGCAGGGCAUCUUUUGCAUGUCGUGCCACGAGUCGCUCAUGGCUCGCCGGCGCAAGAAAUCUAAAAAACCCCCCUCAAUUGCCCCCAAGGUCGACAAGUCGCUGCCCGCCCUGCCUCCCCAGGAGCCCUCGACCACGUCCUCGUCCUUUACCCCAGACAUUGACACGCCCUCGGAUGCCUUUUCUGAACCCCCCACAACCGACGUGUCUCCCAGGCCCCCUCACCCAAAGAGAGGCGACUCGUCUUCCAACUUUAGGCGUGAUGUAUCUCCCGCCCCGGAAAGUGCUCGAAGAGACAACACCACGCUUCCUGCCACGACGUACGGCAAAGACACCGCUCGCUCAGAUCCCGCCGAUGCUGCCGACGACGGCAUUCUCCUUCCCUUUGCGCUUGACCCCAAUCCAGCGCCGGGCCCCUCACCGCUAGGUCGGCCCGCAAGCAGAAUCAAUGAGCGAACACCGGGAGCAAAGCCGGCCGGAAACGGAGAGGCCAAGAACGGCCGCGACUAUUUCAACCGACCCACCGCCGACCAUCGCGAACUGCUCAAGGAAAACGGCUCGCGCGACGCUUCCAGAGAGCGAAAGUCGACGCAGCCAAACCAGUCACAGAGCCCGCACAUUGCGUUCCAAGAGAAGGAAAGACAGCCAUCGGACACAAUUGUCGAUACCCUGAAGAAGAAGGAUGGCGUCAACGAGUCGCCUUCAGCUGAGCCCCGGUCAAGAAGUCAGCAUGCCACUCCCACCUCGGCCUCAGCCGCAGAGCCCUUCAAGCUGCAAGACGUUCCAAAGGGCAAGAAAGCAGACGCCAAGCGCAAAGAGUCAGAUGAUGGCAGUCCAUUGCAGAGUCAGCAACAGCAGCGCAGUGUUUCCAGCAACAUGAUAUCCAACCGCCUCAGCCGGCCAGUGAUGGAGUCAGCAUUCACAUCCUCUCCACCUUUGGGCUCGUCAGACUCGCCUGAUAGUUCGGAAUCCUCUUUUGGCUCCAGCGCUGUUGUUGAACGGCCUGCACGCGGCGAUUCACUCAACCCGGGUAGCCUCAAACCUCCCGUUUCUCUCUCCCACCACGACAGACCUGAUGGCUCGCCUACAACCCCGACCAUGAGCCAUCCGGAGCGAUCUUCGUCUGCAGCUGCAGCUACGGCACAGCUGAAUGCCGGUCUGGGCAUCACCGCUCCCAUGGAUCCACAAUCGGCCAAGUCUCUGUCGGAUGUCCCUGUACUUCCAGCACGUUCAGGUGGCCGACCGCCCCCGCCGCCUACGGCCGAAUCAUUCACCUCGCCACGCGCUCCACCACUGCCACCUGGUUCACAGGUGCACAAGCCCAACGAGUCUUUGGGCAGUGCUCAUAGCGAAGCUUCUCGAGAUGCAAGCACUCCCGGCGGUCUGCCUCGCUAUAGCCACCAAGGCGACUUCUCCAUGGACGAGGACUUUGCACGAUUGCUUGGCAGUCAAGACGGCAGAGAUGACAAAGACAGUGGCGUUCUCAGGAGAGUCUCGAAUGCCGUGUCAAAGCAUGGACGCAGUUUUAGUGAUCGCAGUUCAGUCACCUCGCGAGGAGGCCAUAAGAAGUGGCCCACCAACGGCUCCAUUGAUAUCAGCAGUCCCACGGUGGCUUCGCCAGACACCAAGGAGGAGGGCGCAAACUUGAGAAACGAGCUCCGUCGCGCACAACAGCGCAUUGCAGAGCUCGAGACGGAAAAGAAUGGGUUGCAAGAAUCGAUGCACAGUGCCGCCGACAUUAAACAAGCCAACACGGUGUUGCGAGAGAAGCGAAACACCAUGGCUGUCUUGGACACACAGCGCGAAAUGGUGAUCCGCGAGCUGGAAAUCAUGACUGAACACCUCAAGCGCGCCAAGAGCAGUCAAGGUUCCAUGGACAUUGGCCAGCUCAAGUCAGACAUUCUCAAAGACUUUGGCAUCUCGUUGCAGAAGCUCAAAGACAACUUGGGCCACCAAAUAGAAGACUUGAUCACCAAGCGCUCAGAACUGACCGAGGAGAUUUCCAAUCUAAUACAGAUGAAAGACAAGGGUUUCCAGGAGUACGAGUCGCUCACGGCAGCCAACGCCAGGCUAUCUGCCAUGAACCGCGACCUGGUAGACAACAUACAGACCAACCUGAAGAACAACAAGAAGGGUGGGCAGACCACGGAGACUGCCCCCAACGGUCUGGGCAUAUACAACGCGCAGCAAAAGGGUGGCAAGUCCGAGGUUUCGGUAGAAGCUCCAUCUAUACCCCACGAUCAUUCGUAUGCCAAUAUCCACGAGACCGAGGCCGAAGCAACGGUUGCCCAGCCACAAGUCGUCAACAUCCGGAAGACUGGCAAGCCUACCAAGUUCUCGACGUGGAAAAAGGGCAGCCAGGCCAUCACAAAGAACGUCACCAAAGGCUUCAAGGGAGCCUUUGGGUCAGACCAGAAGCAGGACGACUACAACACCAUCAAGGUCAUUGGAACUCCCUACGGGUCAGUGCACCAGCAGCCUGAUUUUGCUUCCAUGUCCAGCAUGUCCAGCUCCAUCAAGAGCAGGGAACAAGAUCAAAACGCCCAACGCGGUUGGUUCAGCAACAAGCCUACAAAUACCAGACCGGGUCAAACGCAGUACAGGCCUAUGCAGCACAACGAGAGUAACAUCAACUUGGCCGCUGAUGCCAGCACUGUGCUAUUUGGUUCCGAUUUGACGGCGCGAUGCGAGUUUGAGAAGCAGAUGAUUCCCCGCAUCGUUAGUCGAUGCAUUGAAGAGGUCGAACUACGCGGCAUGGAUGUGGAGGGUAUCUAUCGUAAGAGCGGCGGUACCUCUCAAGUAAAUCAGGUGCGCAAGGGCUUCGAGACAGACUCGGAACACGAUAUUUCCGACCCGGACUUGGACAUCCACUCCAUCACCUCUGCACUCAAGAACUAUUUCCGCAGGCUUCCUGUGCCGUUGAUUACAUUUGAUGUCUACGACCAAUUCUUGGAAGCUGGCCAACUCGAAGAGCCAGCUGCCCAAGUCAAGGCUUUGUCUGCUGCUGUGGGCGAAAUCCCCAAGGCCCACCGCGACACUCUUCAGUUCCUCGUGUUUCAUCUGUCGCGCGUCAUUCAGCAUCAAAGUGAUAAUUUGAUGACGCCGUUGAACGUUGCUGUCGUUUUCGCCCCAACCAUUAUGCGACCCAUGGAUAUUCAGCGCGAGCUCACCGACGUUCAAGCGCAGCGCGUUGCCGUGCAGGCGCUUCUUGAGAACUACAAGGCCGUUUUUGGUGACGAGUAGACGCCUUGCAGCAGCAGCCUCAGUUCCGGCCUGUACGGCUGUCACAAGUCUACAGAGCAGUAUAUGCAUCUCUCCGUACAAUACGAGCUACACCAGGACAGUCUCUACAUACUGAUUGUGUUUAUAGACUCUCAGUCUAGCUCUCUUUUGAGAGCCGGCUGUGUGUCAAGGGUCGUGAGACGCUGGCCCAACCAGGCUACGUCAAACGAGGGGAAGACCCUUUGAUAUCAGAGAGCACGUACCCCUUCUUGCUUGUCUUCGCAGUUCUACCUAUCUUCAAUCUUUCCACGUCAAAACUGGUGUUAUAGUCUGGGUGUCGAAAGCUUGUUCUCUUCUAUCUUCUUGUACCAUACAACCCUGCACUCGAUUUUGGAUGACUCUCAUACCAACGCAUGUCAGGGAUGUAUCGACGGCGAUGAAGGGGAUUGUUAUUAUACCCUUGAGGGCUUUUUGCUUGGUCAGCUUAGCGUAACGUGCGGCGUAGUUAUAGAUUCAUG